CAGGGUUGGGGCUGGGUGAACUUUAAGAUCCUUUCCAACCCAACCCAUUCUAUGAUUCUGUGAACUAAAGCAUAGGCCAACACACGCACAGAAUGCCACGUGAAGCACACUGACAUACCAUGCUCCCACUCUCCUUGCCUUCACUGCCUGUGACAUGGAAACCAGCCCUGAGUGGUGUCAGCAGGUCCCUGUGGGCUGCUGUGCCCAGUCUGGAUAUCUUGGUUUCCAAAGGCAGCUUGGAAUGCACUCAGUUUGCUUUCCCUUGUGUUAGCUUGGAGUGUGUCACUGUGGUUUCUCACAGGAAAUGGGCUACCACAGUGGAGGUUUGCUUUCUUCUGCACCUGAGAGCAUCCACGUGAGACUUCUGCACUGUAAGACCAUCUUUAAAAUACAGCCUGAGGUGCGAAAAAUCAAUUACGGUUGGUUCUUGAGCUGGUUUUAGAUUUUGAAGCUGGAAGCCUGACUAUUCUGAGGGAGAAAGAGGAAGGUCCACUGAGGAGAUCCUUGCCUUUGAUGUAAAAACAUAAUUUUCAUAUAAGGUCAUCUCUGUGAGAAAGCUAAAAAUUAGUGGCAUCUCCCAGAACCCAUAGUGAUGAUCUUUGCUCUGUCCAUAGGUCUGUAAUUCCAGAGCCCUGCUACCAAAACUAAUGAUGCUGUGGUAGAACCUUAAAUGAGAGCAGCUUUCUCUGCCUGUGCCCUCAAGGCAGACGAAGAUAUUAUAAGGCCACAUUAUCUAGCUUUUAGCUUUGUCGCUGACUGUUUCUCUCUGGGUAUAUUUGUAGCACUGUCCCGGAUGGAUAGCUUCUCUGUUACCAUGUUUCCUGCUGGCCUUGCAGGCUCCCCAGAGCAAAGCGCCAGUUCUUGAUGGCACAGCAGCAGCUGUACCUCCCCAAAGCCUUACCAGUACAUGGUUCUGAAGCCACAGAAACAUCAUUUAUGUCACGUUUUCCUUUCAGGAAUCAUCAUCCAUCACUAUGAAAAACAGCAUGCUGUGAACUUGCUUCAAGCCUUCUCCCUCAUCAGCUGUCCCUGACCAGCUGUGCUCUGAGCUUGUCUUUGGGGACAUGGCCUUCAGCAGCUGGAAACGGCUGCUGCUGUUGGGCAAGGCCUGCAGGAGGGGAAGCCGUGCUCUGCGCUGGAAGCGCUGCUGCCACUGGAGUGCUGGCAAGUCGCUGGACCCUGAGGUGAGAGCAUUUUUGGAAGAGAACACGGAGGUGACCAGCAGUGGGCACCUGACACCAGAGAUCCGGCUGCGCCUCCUCACCCCUCGCUGCAGGUUCUGGAGGGAAAAGCCCGACCUGUGGCCAUAUGGGGACCCGUUCUGGGCAAUUUACUGGCCAGGAGGCCAAGCCCUGUCCAGGUACAUUCUGGAUAAUCCAUGUGUUGUCAAAGGGCGAUCUGUUCUGGAUCUUGGAAGUGGAUGCGGAGCAACAGCAAUAGCUGCUGUGAUGAGUGGUGCAUCUCAAGUCCUUGCUAAUGACAUUGACCCCAUUGCAGGAAUGGCAAUGAGUUUGAACUGUGAACUGAACCACGUUGCUCCCUUUCCCAUCACCAUUAAGAACAUCAUUAACUCAGAAGCUGGCAAGUGGGACCUCAUUGUUCUAGGAGAUAUGUUUUACGAUGAACAACUUGCUGAUGAUCUUCAUCACUGGCUGAGGAAAUGCAUCAGGAUACAUGAAACUGAAGUGCUGAUCGGUGACCCCGGCAGGCAUCAGUUUUUAAGCCACAGCAUUCACAAUCAGUUGCGUAAAGUUAUAGAGUAUUCACUUCCCGAGUAUACUAGACAAGAAAACAAUGGAUUAACAUCAAGUAUUGUCUGGAGUUAUCAGCCCUCAAAUAGCCUAGAAAGCUGUUAAAAGUGGCUCUCUAAUGAACUUUGUCUCACGUGGCUGUUUCCUGAGUAUAUAAAAUGGGAAUUGAACGUGGAACACGUCUGUUGACACAAAGCAGGAUGUUCCUUCACCGUGCUUAUUUCAGUCAUGUUCAUUGAGGCUUUGGCUCUGUUUGAGGUCAAACUACAUGCAAACUUUAUUCAGCAAGGCGUGCUGAAGUGCAAAUCCAAAGAUAAUUACACUUUGGAGUUUGCUUGCUUGAUGUUUCAAUCUGUGUUAAUUUCACUCUUUGACACCACUGUGGAACAUUUUAGAUAUCCAGUACACCCCGUGAAGAGAGAAGAGGGCUGUUGAGAGUACUGUGCUGCUUUCACACAGUUCCGCAGUAAAGAUGUAGGUUAUUGUGUUGUAUAUUUAAUUCCAAGUGCCUUACUUUUUUUUUUUUUUUUUUUUUUUGGGUUAAUCUCUUCUGAAUGUCCAAGUAACUAAUUUGAGGCUCCCCCUUCCCUCUAAAAUAAUAAAAAAAAUAAAUGCUGCUCUACCUUGAA